UCUUGGCAAAUUAAAAUAGCGAUUGUGAUAUUCAUUAAAGUGUAAAUCACCCGAAAGAGCGCAGUUCAAAGCUCACGGUACGGUAUCGUUACUAAAGGGGAAGGUGGCAGUCCUGGAACCAGCUUGGGCCUAAAAUGCAAGAUGCCCCCAAGGGCCCCAAAUUCCUCCAUCCUUUCCCCGCUGAGCUUCUGCCUCACAGGGACUGGCUCCAUCGUGGCCAUGGGGAUGCUUGCAGGCAACAGGACUCCAGGAAUCCCAGCGUAUGGGUCUGGGGGCUGUGGCAGUGCCCUGACCCCGUGUGUGUCCCCCCCCCCUCCCCCAUCCCCCUGCAGGCGGCCGUUCCCAUUUCUCCGAGCAGAGCCCAGCCCAGCGUUCAAAAUAGAGUCCCUCAAGGUGACGGUCGAUUUCCUGAAGGUGCCCCUCGGCCUGAAGAAGCCCCCUCUGAAGGAGGCCGUGGCCGUCCCGGGGCCGGGCAAAGCCAAGCCCCCCGGCGUGGAGCGGCACAAGCCCCGGCGCGCCGACAGCAUGGACAAUGAGUCGCAGUACUCGGGCUACUCCUACAAAUCCGGGCACUCCCGCAGCUCCCGCAAGCACAGGGACCGGCGAGACCGGCACCGCUCCAAGAGCCGGGAUGGGAGCCGUGGGGACAAGUCGGUGACCAUCCAGGCACCAGGAGAGCCCCUGCUGGACAAUGAAUCGACCCGGGGGGACGAGAGGGAUGACAACUGGGGCGAGACCACCACGGUGGUGACGGGGACGUCGGAGCACAGCAUCUCGCACGAUGACAUCACGCGCAUCACCAAGGACAUGGAGGACAGCGCGCACUUGGACUGCUCGCGGCACUUGGGCGUCGCGCUGGCCGGGGCGCUGGCCCUGCUCGCCUUCCUCACCCCGCUCGCCUUCAUGCUGCUGCCCCAGCUGCUGUGGCGGGAGGAGCUGGAGCCCUGUGGGACGCCCUGCGAGGGGCUCUUCAUCUCCGUGGCCUUCAAACUCCUCAUCCUCCUGCUGGGCAGCUGGGCGCUCUUCUUCCGCCGCCCCAAGGCCUUCUUCCCGCGCGUCUUCGUCUUCCGCGCGCUUCUCAUGGUGCUCGUCUUCCUCCUGGUGGUCUCCUACUGGCUCUUCUACGGCGUGCGCAUCCUGGACUCGCGGGACCGCAACUACCACGGCAUCGUGCAGUACGCCGUCUCGCUGGUGGACGCGCUGCUCUUCGUGCACUACCUGGCCGUGGUGCUGCUCGAGCUGCGCCAGCUCCAGCCCCAGUUCACGCUCAAGGCCGUGCGCUCCACCGACGGCGCCAGCCGCUUCUACAACGUCGGGCACCUCAGCAUCCAGCGAGCGGCCGUCUGGAUCCUGGAGAACUAUUACCACGAUUUCCCAGUCUACAAUCCCGCCCUCCUCAACCUGCCAAAAUCCGUCCUGUCCAAGAAAAUGUCCGGGUUUAAAGUCUAUUCCCUCGGCGAGGAAAACACCACCAACAACUCCACGGGGCAGUCCCGCGCUGUCAUCGCCGCGGCCGCCCGCCGGCGCGACAACAGCCAUAACGAGUACUACUAUGAGGAGGCAGAGCACGAGCGCAGGGUGCGGAAACGCCGCGCCAGGCUGGUGGUGGCGGUGGAAGAGGCCUUCACCCACAUCAAGCGGCUGCAGGACGAGGACCAGAAGAACCCACGGGAGAUCAUGGACCCGCGGGAGGCGGCCCAGGCCAUCUUUGCCUCCAUGGCUCGAGCCAUGCAGAAGUACCUGCGCACCACCAAGCAGCAGCCCUACCACACCAUGGAGAGCAUCCUGCAGCACCUCGAGUUCUGCAUCACCCACGACAUGACGCCCAAGGCGUUCCUGGAGCGGUACCUGAGCGCCGGGCCCACCAUCCAGUACCACAAGGACCGCUGGCUGGCCAAGCAGUGGACGCUGGUCAGCGAGGAGCCGGUGACCAACGGCCUGAAGGACGGGGUGGUCUUCGUGCUGAAGCGCCACGACUUCAGCCUGGUGGUCAGCGCCAAGAAGAUCCCUUUCUUCAAGCUCUCGGAGGAGUUCGUGGACCCCAAGUCGCACAAGUUCGUCAUGAGGCUGCAGUCUGAGACCUCCGUGUGAGCACAGAGUGCUGCGGAGGGGAUGAGGGCUCCGGGGGUCCCUGGGUCGUGCAGGCCCCUGAGCAGCGCCCGUGCCAGGCUCCAUCCCCAGCACGAGGCCGCUCGGUGCCCGUCCCCACGCUCCCACACCCAGCUCCUCGCCGCCGUCCCCGGGAGGCACUGCCAACACCAGGACGAUGUCACGGCCAGACGGGCCGCGUCUCUCGGUGCCGAUCCCCCAAGGGCUGACCCUCGGCCGAGUUCUCUGCGCCAGCGGCCCGGCGUGCGGCCUGGUCCGAAGCAUCUCCUGCGCCUUCAUCUUCUGCUGCGACCGCUGCGUUUCUGGUCUUAAAGCGCCGCCCGUGUCCGGGCUGGUCGAUAAUAACGACACUUUUUCGGAGUAUUUUGCAAACCCCUGUGAUCUGAGGCUGCUAUGGAACCCUCCCUCCGCCCCACGGCCGGGGCAGACCCCACGGGCACGGUGCUGCUGCCGUGGGAGAUCCUCAGCUCCCCGCCGCUUUCCGCACAGAGCUCCUCGCACACAGAAGCAGGAGGAGGUCGGAUGGUGAAGAUGAGAAAAAUCCCAGCGGUGUGGGUGCCCCAGCCCACCCCCCAGCUCCCAGCACACCCCUCACACGGGGCUGCUGCCCCAUCGCCCCGUGCCGACGCGUGCUGGCUGCCGGAACCGUAGCAUGGCCGAGAUUGGAAAAGCUCAUUGAGUCCACCCAAUCCGCCAUCACCACCAACGCUCAUCUCUCAGCCUCGCCGAGCCAGUAGGGAGGGAUGGGGCUGUGGGAUUUGGGGCGCAGCACCCCACGGGUUGCAACGGGACAACCCAAAGCACCCCCCCCAGGGCCCUGCUGCCUGCCCCAAAAAGGGCUUCUUCAUGGGGACCGUGCUCCUUGGGGUCCUCGGCUCCUGUCCCAUGGAGGUGACGAUGCGGUGGCCCCUGGGGGGGGGGGGGGGGGGGGGGGGGGGGGGGGGGGGGGCACCCCGAGCCGGGUUUGGGCUCCUUUAGCCCUGAGAGCUGCCAAACCUCAUCACUGUGACACACGCGUCCCCCCGCUCUCUGAGGGGCUGGGGGCUUCCCAGUAAGCACCGGUAGCAAGAAAGCAGAUCCCAGUAGAUUCCAAGGGCUUUCCCAGCACAAAGCGGGUGUGACAUAGCGAGGGAGUUGGGGGGA